AGUGUUGAUCUCAUAUCAGCGAGCUGUGGAAUGGAGAGCCCAUCUCUACUACGGCUGCUCUUGCUGACCGUGUCUCUGUGCUGCAGGCCCAACAAAGCCUCCCUGACUCUCAGGCCCAGCACAGCUCAGCUGUUUUAUGGUGAGUCUCUUCAUCUGAGCUGUGAGGAAGACUCUGCUGGAUGGACGGUGAAGAGGAACACGACCAAAACAACCAUGACAGAGUGUGGAGACACCUGGGGAAAACUAAGAGCUUCCACCUGUGUUAUCAGUUUAACACUCUUAAAAGACAGUGGAGUUUACUGGUGUGAGUCCAGAGAGGGAGCAACCAGCAACACCGUCAACAUCACCAUCACUGGUGGUGAUGUGAUCCUGCAGAGUCCUGUCCUUCCUGUGAUGGAGGGAGCUGCUGUGACUCUGAACUGUACAACCAGGACUCCCUCCAACCUCCCAGCUGAUUUCUAUAAAGAUGGCUCCUUCAUCAGGACUGAGUCUACACGACAGAUGACCAUCCACCAUGUUUCCAAGUCUGAUGAAGGCCUCUACCACUGCAACAUCUCUGGUAAAGGACAGUCUCCACCCAGCCGGCUGGCUGUGGCAGCCCUACCCACUGCCAAAGCCCCGCCCAUCACCAAAGCCCCGCUCGCCACCAAAGCCCCAUCUGCUGCCACGCCACCACCCACUGACUCAGCUCCCCUGCUGUCUCCAGUCAGACUGCUCUGCCACCUAGUGGUGUUCUGUCCUUACUUCGUCUCAACUCUGCUCCUGGUGUCUCUGUGGCGCCAGAGGUCUGCAGGACCUGAGCCACCCGUCUCCAUGGCAACAGUGGAGCCCAACCAGGCUGAUGAGGGACUGGAUGACAAGUAUGAUGAUGUAAUUGCCAAUGUCACCACCGAGCAUGACUUCUGA